AUGUUCCUCACAUGUCACGCCCUAACCAUGAUCGGUACACUCCCUGUGCUAGAAGACCUCAGGCUGUCAAUUGCAGAAGACCAGAUGCAGAACUACUGUCCUUCUGACGGGAACCACUUCCCGCUCCUCACUCACCUGGAGAUCUGCUCAGAAACUAUGAAUGCCUGUCGAUUCCUAAGCCUAGACAGUGUCUUCGCCUAUCCUUUCGAGAUAGACGCUCGUACGGUUGAUGUCAAGCAUUUAGAGGAACUGUAUAUCUAUCCAACUUCCGUUAACCUGGACGACAAUCAUCUUAUGCAACUUGCCAAGGCAUUGCCUCAGUUGCGUUUACUCAGUUUUGAUGAAGAAUACGAUACAGAAGUCAUUCCCAAAUGCAAAUUCACUGGACUGCAGCACCUCGUUCAGUUUUGUCCAAAGCUGGAAAGCGUAACCCUUUGCAUUGAUGCGCGUCAAAUCCCGAUAUUCUCUACUCAGCCUGACGGAGAGUAUCCUGUGGGUGUCCACCUUACCACCCUCGAUCUCCGCGCCGCGCCUGUUUCGAACGCUUGCGAUGUUGCAUCGUAUCUCAUCAUGUUAUUCCCAGCCCUUAGAAUUUUUUCGACUGCCUAUGAUUGUUCAACAGCUACUGCACAAUUUGGUCGGAAGUGGCUGAGCUAUAUAUUUAAACAUUUAUUGCUCGAUAUGGAUGUCUUGGGCCAUGGACGUUUCUUUCGCUUGCUUGUUCGCCAGAUCGGAAGCCCCGGUGAAAAGGUCGAGAGGAUGGUUGACUGGAGACGAUUUUUCCCAUCAUCUGGUACCCUCAUACCCAUUUUGCCAUCGAACGUCGAACAGGGUCAAUCAGACGCUUAUGAAGGCACCCGUCUUUCGCCUGCAAUAGCGGAAUCAAGUGACGGUGGUACUACCAUUCCACUGACACUUCCCGAGAGGUGGUUGACAUGGACAGAGAGUUUGAACUGA